AUGUCUCGCUCAUCGACAAGAUUUGAUACCAAAAAAGUUAAUUCAGAACUUGUAACAUUGACUUAUGGAGCUCUUGUGGCACAGAUGAUUAAAGACCUGGACAAUACUGAUGAUGUGAGCAAACAACUAGAGAGACUAGGGUAUAAUAUGGGUGUCAGACUCAUUGAAGACUUUCUUGCAAAAACUGGUACUGGAAGGUGUUUAGAUCUCAAAGAUACUGCAGAUAAAAUCCAGACAGCAUUUAGAAUGUAUCUGGGAGUUCAGCCUAAUGUAACAAACUGGAGUCCUGCUGGGGAUGAGUUUUCUUUCAUGCUAGAUAAUAAUCCAUUGACUGAAUUAGUUGAAUUACCUGAUGACCUCAAAGGACUGAGGUACUGCAAUAUAAUAUGUGGUGUUAUAAGAGGUGCAUUGGAAAUGGUUCAAUUGGAUGUACAGAGCUGGAUAGUACAGGAUCAACUGAGAGGAGAUACAAGCACUGAAGUAAGAGUUAAAUUUAUAAGAAGACUGGAAGAUGCAAUGCCGGCAGGAGAAGAUUGA